GGUAUCGGGACCAGGAGCGGAGCGGAUCAUCCUUAUUCCCCGGUUCCCGAGGAGCAGGCUGGGCAGGGGACCAGCAUCCCCCGGGCUCCGGGGGCGGACCGCGGCCCGGGAUUCGCGAGGAAGCUCGGGGGCUGAGUGCGGCCCGUUUUCCUCUCGCAGCCACGCUGCUCCGGGCGGUGCUGAGGAUGCGGCGGGGACAGGGGAAGCGAAAGGCCGAGGUCACCGAGGCGUCGUGCGUGUCUCGGAGGAGGACGGAGGAAGAGGAGGCGAUACAGGAGGCCCGUCGGAGGGCGGCCCCGUCCGUUCGAGAGUUCAAGUACAACAAAAAGCGCGUUCGUCUUGUCUCGCAGGGCUCGGACCUGAAGGAUGAUGCUCGGUGCAUCCUUUACUGGAUGUGCCGGGAUCAGCGAGUGCAAGAUAACUGGGCUUUCCUUUACGCCCAGCGCCUGGCCCUCAAACAGGAGCUGCCUCUGCACGUCUGCUUCUGCUUGGUGCCCAGAUUUCUGGAGGCCACCAUCCGCCACUACAGGUUCAUGCUGAGGGGCCUGCAGGAGGUAGCAGAGGAGUGUGCAGAACUGAACAUCUCCUUCCAUUUGCUGCUGGGUUAUGCCAAGGAUGUGUUGCCCGCGUUUGUAGCAGAGCAUGGCGUGGGUGGGCUGGUGACAGACUUCAGUCCCCUCCGCCUCCCCCGGCAGUGGGUAGAGGACGUCAGGGAACGGUUGCCAGAGGAUGUGCCAUUUGCACAGGUUGAUGCCCACAACAUCGUGCCCUGCUGGGUCGCCUCCCCCAAGCAGGAGUACAGUGCCAGGACCAUCCGGGGCAAGAUCCACGCUCAGCUCCCCGAGUUCCUCACUGAGUUUCCCCCUGUUGUUCGUCACCCACAUCCGCCCUCCUGCCCAGCAGAGCCCAUCGCUUGGGAGGCCUGUUAUUCCAGCUUGCAGGUAGACCACUCCGUGAAGGAGGUGGAGUGGGCAACCCCUGGCACAGCUGCAGGGAUGGCUGUGCUGAAGUCCUUCAUUGCAGAGCGGCUGAAAUCCUUCAGCACCCACAGGAAUGAUCCCAACAAGGCGGCUCUCAGCAACCUGUCCCCAUGGCUUCACUUUGGCCAGGUUUCUACCCAAAGAGCCAUCCUGGAGGUGCAGAAGCACCGGCGCAAUUACAAGGACUCAGUGGAUGCAUUUGUGGAGGAGGCUGUGGUGCGGCGGGAGCUGGCUGAAAACUUCUGCUACUACAACGAGAACUACGACAGUGUGCAGGGUGCCUAUGACUGGGCACAAACCACCCUGAAGCUCCACGCCAAAGACAAGAGGCCUUAUCUGUACAGUCUGCAGGAGCUGGAGCAGGGGACCACACAUGACCCACUCUGGAACGCUGCCCAGCUGCAAAUGGUCCAGGAGGGCAAGAUGCACGGCUUCCUGCGGAUGUACUGGGCCAAGAAGAUCCUGGAGUGGACACACUCCCCUGAGGAGGCCCUGCAGUUUGCCAUCUACCUCAACGACCGCUACGAGCUGGACGGGAGGGACCCCAAUGGAUAUGUAGGCUGCCUGUGGUCCAUCUGCGGCAUUCACGACCAGGGCUGGGCGGAGCGGCCCAUCUUUGGGAAGAUUCGCUACAUGAACUACGCCGGCUGCAAGCGCAAGUUUGACGUCGACCAGUUUGAGCGUCGCUAUGCCCCCACACACUCCCAGUGACCCUCUGUGCUGGGGCAGAUGUGCCUUUGCCAAGUUGCCAGCUUGCAGGGAGUGCCCUGGGAUGUUGAAGGGCUCCCUGUAGCAGCAGCACGCUGCAGUGUUUUGCAGGUCUUUGCCAUCAUCCGCUGCUUGAGCUGGGAUAGCUGCUGGAGCCCUUCUGCUGCCACAGGUUUGCUGGCAGCUGGGAGAGCCCAUCCUCGGCAUGCCUGUUCCUGACAGACCUUCUUUACAACCACUGUCCUCAGGAGUAGCCCAGGUCACUAUUGCUGCUGGUAACCACAGCUGACAUUUGGACUGAGCACGUUGUUUCUAGGGAAAAGCCCCCGGGAAGAGGCUCUCUGUGGAGACAGUGCUGGGCUGUCAGACACAUCUUUCUACAGUUGUGUUAAAGUUUACAGUUUCUAACCCCUGUGUUGAUGGUGUUUAUGGGGAGAUGCACAACACUGCUGUGAAGGAAGAGCUGGGUGGCAUGGAAUGGGGACAGGGCAGCCAGGGCCAGGCCUCUGGGCCCUUCUGCCAGGAGCAAAGGCAGGCUCUGGAAGGGGACAGGCAUUAGAGAGCCCCUCACUCAGUAGCUUGUACCUGUGGCUCUGAGUCCAGGGGGCAGUUGUACCAGGCCACAGACCAGAUGAAUUAGUCAAGGGGUAUCAACAAUAACUCCCUCCCAGUGACUGCAUCACCAGCUGCACAAGAUGUCCCUGCCCUCGCUCCUUGCCAGCAGCAGCACACCUGCCUGCCCCAUCACAGUGCAGUACAUGCCAUUACCCCACCUGAAACAAUGUCACAACACAACCAGACUCCCUAUUAACUGAGUUUAUUUAAGGACGGCAUUUUAAUUACUGUGCAAUAAUAAUCCCAUUGUGAGGACUCCAGUUGACAGCCAGAGCAGCCCCCAGCUCUCCAUCCCAAGGGGCUCCCUGUCUUGGCCAGUUCCAGUGUUAGUUGUAGCGGUCAGUGCUGGGCAGCAGUGUCAGUGCUGGGCACAAUCUUGCCCUGGAGACCUGUGCCAGGUUUGUGAGUCCUACUGCUUCCACACACUGUCCAUGGCGGGAGGGUGGAAACCAUAACUAAGCCAGAAUUCCUUCCCUCUUCUCAAAAAGUACUCAGUGCUUCUAGAAAGGGACCUGGGCAGCCUCUCAGCUGCUGUCCCAUGACAUUAAAGUGCUUCAAACAAAAUAGGGUGGAUGGAGGUGUGCUGCCAGUCAAAUCCAGGGAAGGGGGCCCCAGGUCUGAGCAGCAGCAGAAGGGCUCAGCUUGGGGACAGGGAAGACCAAGGCAGACCAACAUCUGGCAGCAGCAGGGCUGUCAGAGUCAGAAGAGCAGCUGCUCUGCUGGGGAAAAGCAGAAGCAAGACACAAGGCAGCACAAACCCCAGGGGAGCAAGUGGAGAAGUGAACCUUGCUUCCAGGACUUGGUCAGGAUGCUGCAGGCAGGGCAGAAAUGCUGUGGCCUGCAGCCACCCUCCCUGAUCCAGCCCUGCAGCCACCUCUCCUGGUCCCAGCCUCCUCCCCUCUUUCCAACCCUGCUGUCCCCACAGGAAGAGCCCAUGAGGGGUCACAUCCCAGCCUGGAAAUCAGGGCAUGUGCUGAAAGAGUCCUGGCCCUUGAGGCCUCCUGCCUCCUGCUCUGGUCCCUCAACACCCUCCUUGCACAUACAGAGGCCAUUCCAU